AUGGCAACUUUCCACCCCUUCCCUCGUCUGCCCUACGAGCUGCGGAUGCAGAUAUGGGAGAUGACUGUUGAACCCCGCGUGGUGAACACUGAAGUCCAGUACGACCGCAAGACCCGACAAUUGCCUCUAACGACGUCCACGCCCAUACCCGCUGUCCUCCAAGCAUGCCAAGAAGCUCGAAAUCACGGAUUGUAUAAGAGAUGCUUCUCCGAGCUGGCUGUGCCUACCUACGGAGCGCAAUACAUAUGGGCUAAUCUUGAAAUCGACACCAUCGAUAUUGGAAAGUCCUGUUUUGAGCACUUUGAGAAAGUCGCUGAGUCUAUUCGCUACCUAAAGUUCUCCCGCGAAAUGCAGGCAGAGUAUUUCUACUACGGGGAAGUUAAAGACGUCCAAGACUUUGUCAACGCAAGGGAGAUUUGGAUCGUGCCUCUCGAUGGACUCGGCUGCUGUAUUGGAGCUACAGAAGAACACUAUUGGCCUUGCGGCGAGGAAAACGUAUACUAUAUUGACCCUGAGGAUCCCGAACGAGUUUUCCGAGGCCCUGGUGGAGAAUGGGAGAUUGCUGAUUUGUAUGGACCCAAGGCUUCAUGA